GUAAUUUCAGCCAGUCACUUCAGCUCGAGAGAUUCCUCACGCGCGUAGUGGUAGUAGGAAUCGGUCGGAGCUCCCUCCUCUUUUCGUAUGUGCGCGCUUGUACACGCGCGUACAGCUCGUACGCCGUACGGGAAGUGCGUGAACCGAGUCACGAUCAGUCUCUGAAACGUUGAACGGGGGAAAAGGAUUCUCGAUGCAUUCAUUUCGAUAAGCGGGCUAGAGUGCGCGCGCGCGAUAGGGACGAUAGAGAGAAGACGAAGCACGACGAGCAAAAAGAAAAUAGAGGAAGAAGAGAAAGCAUUGGGAAAAAAGUGCAGCAGACAAAACAGUAUCCGAACGUGUGUGAGCAUCGAUAGGGUUUUACGCAAAUGGACUUUCUUCGAUCCUGGCACGCUUUAGGCGAACACAGCCGAGCAAAACGGAACGCGCAUCUUCGAGGAUACGACGGCGUCGAGUCUUCUUCCCUGUGAACAACGCGAUCAAGUACAAGUGUACAAGUGUGAGUGGAAAAGAGAGGGCGAGGAAGAGAAGAAGACGCCGGAAGGAGGAAGAGAAAGAGGAGAAAAGUGGUGCGCAGUGUGGAAGAAAGAGGACGAUAGGACGCUCGCCCUACGGUGUCUCUCUUACGGUGUUAGUGAAUGGAACGCAUCGCGAUAUUCGAGCGUAAUACGACGCUCCAUGAGUUCGCGCUGCACCAAUGACCGGCCGGGAUUGGCGGUCACGUGACGCGCGUGCUAAGCUAGCAGCAGAACAUUGUAAAUGACAAGCAAGACAAGACGCGUUGGGUAUUGUUGUCGCACCAUCGUUACCGCUACCGUUGUACUUCGAAAAUUCCUCUUCACCAUUACCGUUAGUGGUGAGCUUUUCUUCGUUUCUACUCUUGCCGCCGUUGCUAGUAUUACGUCUAAUACUACUACUACUACUACUACUACUAUUACUACUACUACUACUGCUACUACUACUACUACUACUACUACUACUGGUACUACUACUCCUACUACACUGCUACUACUACUACUACUACCACCACCACCACCACCACCACCACCUCCACCACCACACUACUACUACUAUUACCACCACCACCAUCGCCACAACCACCACCACUACUACUACGACUACCACCACCACCGCCACCACCACCAUCACCGCCACCACCACCUCCACCACCACCAUCACUACUACUAAUACUAUCGUCACUAACAUCUACAUCAAAGACACCACACACCAGUAUCAUUACUACUACUCUACUACUGCUAUUACUACUGCUGCUACUACUACACAACACUAGUACUACUGCUACUACUACGACUACGACUGCGACUACGAUUACGACUACACUACUACAAAAAUUAUUACUAUUACUAAAUUACCAUCAACGCUACUACUAUUGUGCUACCUCUACCACUACUAUUAUUAUUACUGCUACUAUCGUCACCACCACACGGCCACCACGUAAUACUACUAUUACAAAACUACUACUGCUACUACCAUCACAGUUACUACCACAUUAUUAUUGCUUCUGCUGCCGACACCACGUCCAUGAAAAAAGAAAUCUACUACAAAAACGACGCGAGUCUUAUUACCGCCAGUUUGUCAUCGUCGCCGUCGUCGUCGUCGUAAUUGCUGUUGCCGUCAUUGCGUUGUCGCCGGCAAGCGAUAAGUCACUCUAUAUUUCGUAUGUUUAUAACCUACUGCUAGUAGGAAAAUUAAAAAAACGUAGAGUAAUCCUGUGGCAUCAGCCUAUAUGACACAAUGUCAGGGUCUCAACGCAUGCGAAAGUCUUCGCCAUGCUCUACGUCAAAGCAAGGACCAAUGCGAGCUACCCUGCCUGUAAGCUCUCUGCUACGGCAGGGUCGACAAGGCAGCAGUCUAAGAAAAAGUAACAGCAACAGUCCUACUGUGUCUCCGCCAAAUGCUAGUACAUGGCGGACACGUAUUUCACCAGAGACUUCGGCUUCCUCAGGACAACGGAGCCCUGGUUCGCUUUCUUACAAAGCCAAAUCGAAAACAUUAAGUGGUCGCUGUAGUGAAAGUCUAAGUGGUAACCAAAAUAUCCGUAGAACUGCAUCCUUGGAUACAAUAUAUCUAAAAGGCCAAUGGCCUCGCGACACAUACUAUAUACAUUCCAGCCAGCUGGUAGUUGAUAAAUCUACACAGACUGACGAAUGGUCUAUUGAACCAAGGAAGAUGCACACCCGUCAUUCUACAGAACAAACCACCACAGAUGAAAAACUAGAAAAGUACUUCAGACAUAGAUUACAGCGUACAAAUAAAGAGAGUACUAGUAGUAGGGAAAGAACAGCAGCUUUUGGCCUUAUAAUGCCUGGUGGCCCACCACCUGCUCUUCCUGGUGAUCAUUCUGUACAUUUGCCCAGCAUUGCAUCACAGACAUCUAUAUACAAUCAAUUUUCUUUGAAUACAAAAGCAAGUCCUAUGAGCAUACCCGUAAAACCAAUGAGGCCUCCAAUGCGUUCUUCCAUUGAAGGACUGAAUCAAGAAAUUGAAGGAUUAGUACUCAAAUCAACAACAAACACUAACGAUCCAGAUCAUCCAAUAGAAGAUAAGUAUGCGCGAUAUCGUGAGCAAAUAACACCCGAAGGACAUCGUGCACCUUUGGCAGAUUUGUUGAGGGCGACUCGUAGUGUCAACACACAAACACCAGCUACUGAUCUUCCUUCCAGUUCUUACUCCUCAGGCCCUCCAUCUAGGAAUUCUGAGUCUCCGCUGAUACCUGGUCUUAUGGAUGCUUCCCGUUCACCUAGCGAUCACUUCCAAGGUGGAAGCCGCGGAUCAACGCCUGAACAGGAUAGAGAAGGUCGUCUUGGAACGUCUCCUCAUAUUAACAGGUUCCUUGCAAGAGAACCUCCUGAUGGCUGUGAGAAGGUCAACCUCAAGUUUGUAGAAGAUACGAGGCGACCUAUGAUUGACUUGAGCAAACUAGAGUAUUGUUCGAAGCCAUGUGUAUCAUUCCAAUUAAAACCAAGUUUGGGCUCAGCGUUCCUGCCAUUGCAACAGCCGGCCAGUCCGACAGUGGUUGCUAGUGCAUCAGCCUCUUCUCAUACAGCAUCAACUACACCUCCCCCGAAUCCAUAGUCCUACUUUUUGCCUUAUGGAGUAGCAUUCAUAAUACCAUUUGAUAUAUAUUUUUUUUAAAGACUUCAUGGGUAGAAAGUGGACUUACUUCAGGUAAAGACAUAUGUACCGACAAAGAAAAGUUACCAAAAAUGCAGCCUGUCCCUAGUGUGAGCUAAUGUUUGGACAAAGUGAUUAUGUAAUUAGAAUUAUAAUUGCAUUAAUAUAAAGUAUGGGGAAGGCUUCUAAGCUCUGCUAAUAUUUGAAACAAUAAUAAAUACGAGGAACAAUAAUUUGUGAUAACUAAAAGAUGACGAACGAACGUUUGGAAACGAACAUUGUGUUCUACAGGGAAAAAGACUAAUGGAAAUUGUGUAUUCUAAAUUUAGUGCAAAAAUGUGCUAAACAAGUUUAGUUUUGUAUACAGGAAAUAAUAUUCAACAUGUCGGAAGGUAUUAAAUUUAAUUGCUGGAGAAAGCAAAAUUAUACAGAUACAGAGAAAGGGGUAUGUAUGCAUACAUAUGUACAUUCACACCCACCUAUAAUGAUUUAUCUCACUUAUACAUCUAUCAUUUUAAACGAUCCAAGAUAAUUCAGUGUCAUAUGUUAGAAUUUUGUAUGGUUUUGUAUUAUUAAUUGUAUACUGAAGAUAUUCAAAUUAUCAUUAUUAUUAACAUCAUUAUUAUUAAUUUUAUUCAUUAUUAUUAAUUAUUAUGAUUAAUAAUAUCAUAUGGGGAGCUUGAAAAUCAAGUACUGUUAAACUCCUUUUGUUUCUUUUUAAGUAUUAGUAGAGUUCAAUAUCAUCUUAAGACAAAGUAUAUAGUUUUGUUACUAUCAAAAUUUAUGCUAUAUUAUAUAUAAAAGUUUGUACUUUUUUAAUUUUUUUUUUUUCUUUUUUAUUUCUGAUAAAUAUUUUACGAAGUAAGAAUAGUGCUAUUGCAAAUUGCAUUUGUAAUUAAAAAUUACCAGUAUCUAAAAAUUUUAUUUGCACUAGAAAAAGUUUUAUACAUGUCUAUGUCUUUUGGUAAUAUAAUACCAUUGGGCUAUGCAAUUUUUUUAUUUAAAUUGUAUUAUGUUAGAUUAUAAUCAGUAUAUCUACUAUCAAUAAAACGUGUAUUGAGAAAUCGAUGCAUGUAUGAUAAAACAAGCCCAACGAUAUAGGGUGGGUGUAAUAAAGAAGAAAAAUGGGAAAGUGAUAAUGUUGCAGACUGAUUAAAGUAAAAGGAAAAAAUACUUUAAUCGGUGCUGUAUCAGAUGUGCAUACAAAAUGACUCCUUUUCAUGACACUGGUGUGCGUGCGUGUGUGUGCGCGCGCGUGUGUGUGUAUAGGGGGUGAAUGAGUAUGUACUAGUGUAGCGCGUGGAUAGGUUUUUUUUUGUAUAAACGUGGAUCUUAGUAAGAAGAUAUAUAAAAUCUGCAUUUUAUAAGGACAACAGCAUGCAUGUGUUGUAAUAAUGAGAAUCCUGAUUGAGCCAUUCAUGAGAAUAACCGGAGAAAUAAGUUUAAUCAUAGAAAGGAGUGAUUCGAAUGUGUGUAUAUAUAUAUAUGUAUAUAUAUAUAUGUAUAUGUAUAUGUAUAUAUGUAUAUGUAUAUAUAUAUCCGAUUUAUAUAUAUAUAUAUAUAAUUUCAUGAUUGUAAAAAUUUACUAUAAACAGAACUUUUAACAUGUAUCUGAACUGGACUGCAAAAAAAAAGUAAGAGAGAGAAGGAAAGGAUAUAAAGUUAAAAAAAAAAUUGGACUUAGUGAUGUAUUCGUUUUUAUGAAAUUUUUAUUCAACAUUAACUGUGCAUUGAAUGGAUCAUUGAAAUAUCAAGAUAGAAAUAAGCGUACCUAAAGUCCUUUAUGAGAUGGUUUAAAUUAUUCUGUAGAAUAUACAGACAUAGCAACACCGAGGAAGCUCAAUUUAUUUUUUGCUUUCUACUACAAAAGAAUUUGCAGAAAAAUUUUAUAGCUACAGGUCUGAAAAAUCAGAAACUCAAUAAAAUAUAAGGAGCAGGGCAAACAGUUUGUUAAGUACAAUAGAUCAAUAGUAAUAUACUUUCUAAUAUUAUAAUAUCUAUUUAGCUAUAACAGUGAAAAAUGUUAACACAUAAGUACCUGGCACACUGGUCUAUGCUCUCUUUUAACCAGCUUAUUAGGAAGUUCAUGUCUUAGAAUGCGUGGCAAUGUGUGCUACACAUACAAGAAGGUUAACUAGAGAGUUAAGAUACAUAUAAAUAUAUUAGCCAAUUAAAAUGUGUACAACACGAAACUAAUUUGUACUUUACUAGUUUAAGAACACUUUACUUAUAUUUUGGCGUAUAGCUGAGAUUAGUACACCAUUUUAAGAGUAUUCUAAUCUAAGCAUUAGAUGUAUCUUAGAAUUAUGACAUUGAAUACGCGCUUCUGUAUAUAUUUUUAAAAGAUAAAACACAGAAUUGAGAAAUAAUUACGAAAAUGAAACAGUGUAAUCAAAGAGAAUGUUUGAUAUGCUUUAGACAAGUGCAAAGGAAUGCCAUUGAAAAAAGUUAUAUUAUUUUUAUCGCAUUAUCAAAACUUCUCUUUUUAACCUUCAUGUACUUGCAUAAUGUGUUAUCAUUAUUGUUAGCUUUUGUUGUCAAUUUCAUAAAAGAGAAUAAUGUGUGUAAAGACUGCUAAAUUAUAAUUAUCUAUUAUUUGGAGAUACAUAAAAAGAAAGAUAUAAAAAGAAAAAAAAAAAAAAGAAAAAAAAUGAUUAAAUAAAAUAGGCUCAGAUUUUAUUGAUUACCUAUGAAUAUAAAUAUAGGUAUUUUUGUGAUUCUUUUAAUUCUCUCAUUACAAAACAAUCCUUAUGUGACUACUGUUCGGUACACUCUCUUUCUACAUAUCUAAUUCAAUCUGAGCAGGUUUCAGAAAUGCAAAAUAGUUACGUCAAUUAUAAAUUUAUUUAACCCUAGGACUGUUCAGGCAUACCAUCAUUAACGUAUCAUGCGCGUAUUAAAAGCGAUUAAUUGUAUAACGUAGAGUGCAAUUUGUAAUUUGCUCUAAAGUGUGCAACCAUUUUUGUGGCACACGAUACGUGUAUUUGUACAGAAUAUCUCAACAAUUUUAUAUAUAUAUGCUGGAAUUGAAUGCAACUUUUUUUAUUCACUGUUUCGCAAUAAAUAUAUAAAACAAUGAUAUUGUUCUUUUUACUCUAGAGGAAAGAGGUGCUCGACUUAUAUUCGAAAAAUGAAAAUAAUUAUGCCUAAUAAUAUUACGAUAAUAAUCAUUAUUUAUAUACAUUUCGUUUCGUUAAUAUUUCACAUAAUGACUGCUAAAAUUAAGAUUGAUCAUUAUGUAUGUUGUGUGCAAAUAAUCAAUAGUUCAAUGAUUUUAUAUAGUCAAGAUAUUAUGGUUACAAAAUAUGGAUAAAACUGAAGUAUUUUUUUCAAUGAUAUUUCUUACGGAGUUAUAAUUUUCACGAGUACAUAGACAUUUCUCUCUUUGUAUUGUAUUAUAUAUAUAUAUAUAUAUAUAUAUAUAUAUAUAUAUAUAUACAUAUAUAUAUAUCAUAUUUAACAGUGUUUCUUUUGAUUAAUUUUCAUUGUAAAUCUUUUAAGAAAAAAAGAAAAAAAAAGAAAAAGAAUCAUAAUGUCGAUACAGAAUUGUCAUUGCCAUUAAGAUGUUUUUUCAAAGUUUAAAUACGUCUGUCCUAGGGUUAAAUCAGAAUUAGUCAGUUAAAGUCAUUAGUAAAUGUAAAUAAUAAUCCAAAAUUUCUUAUAACAAUUUCUCUGGUACAGAACGUAGUAACUAAGGGUAAGAGAAAUUCAUUAAUUUUCAAAUAAUGUGUGCAUAUUCUUCAUUAAGACGAGAAAACAACUUGUGGAACAAUGCAGACUUAAAAUAUGUGUAAAAGUAUAAUAUAUAAACGCAAACUUAUAUCACAUUGAUUGUCCAUACAUUAUUCAUAUUUCGCAGUAACAUAUAAUACAUUCGGAAAUCACUAUUUUACUUGAUUUAAAGAAAACAAAAAGACCGAACAAAACAAGAAAUUAUCUACGUUAUUUACGUAAAUUAUAUAAGACUAAAUCAUUUUGUAUUUUAUAAUACACCCGACUCUCAAUCUUCCUAUCAUUACUGAAUACUGCAAACCUAUUAAAUAUUAUUAAAUCGUAUCGUUACUGGAAUACGACAUUAUGAUAAUCACCAUUCUCAUCUUAGUAUAAAAUUUCAAAAAAUCGAACUCUAUAUUUCAGAAAUGAAAAUAAAAUGUGAUUUGCCAUGCAUAUGCUCUCUCAUGAUUUAAUUAUAUUAUAUCGAGGAAGAGGAAUAUACGUGUUAUUAUUGCGUUUCGUGUUAUAUAUUUUGCAUCAUAAAAAUAAAAUUAGUUGUUGAUAUUUUAUUACUUCGUAGAAAAAGAGCAGUAAUAUUUACUGUCGUGUUAAAAAAAUUUUUCACGAAUCGUAUACGCUGUAUUCGGUUAUUAUUUAAGAUUUAAGUAUUUUGUAAGUUCAAUAUUCUCUCUUUUUAUAUUUUUUAUUUUAUACAUAUAAACGGGUUUUUUUCGUCUUAUUGGUUAUUAAAUAAAAGACUUUAUUACGUAAGGAACUUUGUUGCUAAAAAAAAUUUAUUAAUUUCUUGCAAUGUAUUCAUUUCUGAUAAAAAGAAUUGUUUCUUCGAGAAUUUCCAAUUUUACAAUAAAUCGAUGAUUAAUUAAUACGUCACGUUGAUCUUACCUUUACAAUAGAUCUUCGUUUAACUUGGUUUAAUUAAUCUCGACCCGUUUAACUUUUAUUGUGUAUUUGUAUUAAGAAGUAAUAAAACCAUGGAUGGAUCAUGAAUCUUAUUAAAAGUUCAAUGCACUGAAUCCCGCAUGAUUUUUAUUAAAACUUUGACGAAAUUCGAACGGGAAAACCGAAAAAUUUUUGAAUUUAGAAUAUCAACGAAUUUAAAUUUUUGCGCCAUCUCUUGUCACGCAAGUGAUCUUCGUAGUAAUAUUUUUCGAAAUAAAGGAUACGAAAAUCGCGGCGAAAAUUCGUCAAUUUCUUGACCUGGAUCCAUAAGAUCGUGAUUGUGUCAAUUUCUAAAGGAUUUAAUAAAUUAAAAUAAACGUGGUAUGAUAUUUGGGGAUAUUUACGCGACAAUGAAUAUAUCGACAAGAGAUAAUAGAUAAAAUAGGGGUGAAAAUUUGUAGAGCCUUCCAUAUCGUAUAAUAAUAUGUACAGUGUGAUUGAAACGAAUAAAAAUUAUAAAAUCAA